GGCAUACUUUUAUGGUUCGUACCAAGUUCCGCAUGUACAACAUUCGGCGCUGUGUGUGAAAAUCACAAUCCCAUGGCUGCGGAAACUAUCAUUACUGUCACGGUUAUUGUCUUAUGAAGUCAAUACUAUGGUUUAGCACGCAGUACGGUGUUAACCAGCAAAUGCGUAACGACUUUCCAUAUAACUCCUGACCUAGAUAACGGUCAAUCCACUGUGUUGUUUCUAGAUACGACUAUUCACCAGGGUGUAACUUUUCCCGCAUCGAUGGCAUCCUCGAAGAUUAAAAAUCGGAAAAGCCGUCCUCGACAAGCCAGUAAGUACGUGUGUGCAGUGUGUGGUGACGUAUCCACGGGAUUGCACUACGGAGUCCACUCCUGCGAAGGAUGCAAGGGAUUCUUUCGUCGCACGAUACGCAUGAGCCUCCUAUACGAGCCGUGCCCGUACCGCGAUUCCGACCCAUGCACCAUCAACAUCUCCACCAGAAAUAAGUGCCAGUUUUGCCGUUAUAAAAAAUGUCUGGACGUGGGCAUGUCUGCGAAAGAAGUGAAGAUGGGACGAAUACCUCUUGUUGAAAAGAAGAAGAUACUCCAAGAACUUGAAAAACGGGCGUCAUUAAUGACAGCGCCACCUACCGGUACUCUCACCCCGACUCCAUCGCCAUCAACGUCGCUUGUAUCCUCCGAUGACCACGGUUGUUCACAGUCUCCAAGCUUUCCACUUGAGUCUCCGGUCCAAACACCAAUGCGGUUCUUUUCAGCCGAGAACGAAGAACUCAUCGACAACUUAUACUCUGCAUAUAGCCAGAUAUUUCAAGAGGCUUUGAAAUUCAAAAAAUAUAGAAAGUCUCCGUCGGAAAACAAAGAAUCAACAGAUGUCAACAUUGAGGUGAACGAAUCAAUGCUAAGUAGCCCUGAGAAUGGUCAAGACCAGGAAAGAUCUAGAGAUCCCGAGGCUUUUAUAGAACUCACCGAAUUCAAGGACGUUAUAAUGUGCGGCCACUGCGUGGCACAGGCUCAAAUCAAACUAGCGGCAUCUUUUGUAAGAACCCUAAAUGAUUUUCAGGAUUUGGACAUUUCUGACCAGGUCAUUUUACUAAAGCAUGGAGCUUACGAACUCAGCAUGAUGGUAAACUCAUAUCGCUUGGCAGAUCCUUCGAGACUUGUAUUGUACGAGUUAGGCGUAUAUAUUAACACCGAUCGUAUGAUCAAUCACUUUUCAAGUCUGAUCAAUAUGAAUAUGAAGGAAAUCACAGAACCAAAAAUAAAAUUUGGCCAGCGUGUCAUUCAAUUAAACAUGACGGAUCAAGAAAUGGCGUUGAUGUGUGCCCUUGUAUUAUUUGCACCAGAUCGAGAUGGCAUACAAGACAGAGCAAAGGUAGAACUAUUCCAGGAAAAGAUAACAUCUGCUUUAGAAUACACAAUCCAGCAGACACGACCAGGAAACCGGGUCCUGCUCCCUAAGAUAUUAAAUCUGCUCGUUGAACUGCGCACACACAGUGUGCAGCAUAUCAAACACUUGCGAUUUGCUUAUCGGCCGGAUAGUAAAAUGCGCAACAUGGUUGGUUUGGAAUUCGAACUCCCGCCUUUGCUUAGAGAAGUUUUUGGUUUCGAAUCUGGCACCGACUUCGAAGACGAUGCAGAAGAUUAUGUGCUGCCAAUAUAGACCCGAACCCUGGCGAUGCGCUGCAGUUGUGGCGAUGAGCCGUCACAAGACUUAAUAUAGAGCGUAAUCGUAGAACAGAUCGAUUUGCUCGCUCAACGUUACACAAAGCAUACAUUGAAAAUACGAGACACAUGAAACAACAGAAAUGUAUAUCAUCAGUAAUUAUUAAAUCAGCUGGAAUUUAUUGUUUAUCAACUCUUCAAAUAAAAUUCAGAAAGAUUUUUUUUUGCAAAACGACGACACGAACAAAACCUCAGAGAAAAACGAAUUCCAGUACUUAAAUACGAUUAUUAAGCGAAACUCACAAAAAUGAAUACUUUUCACGUUUUAUAAUAAAUGGAAAUUGACGAUGAUUUUUAUUAUUAAAAAAUGUCAACUGAACAAAUGAAUUCACCGAUAGUUGCGAUAUGGGACAGUCAUCUGGAAUCUUUAUGGCAUAUUUUCUCCGGCUAGAAGUUGCCCUUAAUGAUAAUGAUUAGCGAGGUAUGUUAACACUUAUUGUGGCCAGGAAAUCAAGUAAUUUGUGUUCAUUCUCAGUCAAACUUUUAAAUAUUAUCAAUCAAUCAAUGUACGAUCUUGAUGCACUUCGAGUUUGGUAUACCUUGCUCAUGUACCGGUAUUUUUGGAGCUAUUGACGAACAUGCCUGAUAACAGGAGGCGGGGUUUGUAAUCGAAUGCAUCAGAUGUCUGGACUCUGUCUGAGCUUGAAAGUUCAAAUCAAUAAAGUUAAAAGAAGAAAUAUA